AAACGGUGCGUAUGCUGCACCCACCUGUUUCUUGAAUCUCUCUGCUUCACCACCGCAUCCCCGCUAGGCACAGUGCUUCACAAUGUGGAGCGCCAACAACAGCAACAAACAGAGAACAAUGCCAUCUCACCACCACCACCAGCAUCAGUGCACUCGCUCGCACCAGAUCGGAGCCUUACUCCUCGUCGCCGCGACCUUCUUCCUCACAAGGCUCCUAGACUCCCCUUGCACCCUCUCCACCACCGCCACCACCACCGUCCGCACACCGCGAAACCUCCCUGAAGAUCCGCCGUCCCUCAAGAUCUACGUGUACGACCCCAACGAGAUCGACGGCUUGAACGAACUCAUGCGCGGAAGGGACGGUAAGAUCACCGAGGAAGCUUGCUUGAAAGGCCAAUGGGGUUCUCAGGUGAAAAUACACAAGCUGCUCUUGCAAUCAAGGUACCGGACGCGGAAGAAGGAGGAAGCAGAUCUGUUCUUUGUGCCAUCGUAUGUUAAAUGUGCGCGGAUGAUGGGUGGUCUUAAUGACAAGGAAAUUAAUCAUACCUAUGUGAAAGUGAUAAGCCAAAUGCCAUAUUUUCGGUUAUCCGGAGGCCGAGACCAUAUCUUUGUUUUCCCCAGUGGUGCUGGAGCUCACUUGUUCAAAUCCUGGGCAACAUAUAUAAAUCGCUCCAUUAUUCUUACCCCAGAGGGGGAUCGGACUGAUAAGAGAGAUACUAGUGCCUUUAAUACAUGGAAAGAUAUAAUUAUUCCAGGUAAUAUUGAUGAUGGUAUGACUAAAGCUGGAUCUACAGUGGUCAAUCCCUUGCCUCUGUCAAAGCGGAAGUACUUGGCAAAUUAUUUAGGACGUGCACAAGGAAAAGCUGGCCGUCUUCAGUUAAUAGAGCUUGCAAAACAAUUUCCUGAGAAGUUGGAAUGUCCAGAUCUGAAAUUCAGUGGAGCUAACAAGUUGGGAAGGAAAGAAUAUUUCGAACACUUGCGUAAUUCAAAGUUUUGCCUUGCCCCACGUGGGGAGUCAUCUUGGACGCUUCGCUUUUACGAGUCCUUUUUCGUGGAAUGUGUUCCAGUUAUAAUAUCGGAUCAAAUAGAAUUGCCAUUCCAGAAUGUCAUCGAUUACAGUCAGAUAUCAAUAAAAUGGCCAUCAAAUCGAAUAGGUCCUGAGCUAUUGCAGUACCUGGAAUCUAUUCCAGAUCAAAAUAUAGAAGCAAUAAUAGCUCGCGGUCGAAAAGUUAGGUGCUUUUGGAUCUAUGCUUCCGAUUUAGAACCUUGUUCGGCAAUGCGUGGAAUUAUGUGGGAACUCCAGAGGAAAGUGAGGCAAUUUCACCAGUCAACUGAAACAUUUUGGCUGCACAAUGGCUCGUUAGUGAACAGGAACUUGGUUGAAUUUUCCAAAUGGGAACUCCCUGUCUCUUUGCCUUGACAAGCUGUGAGAAAGUGUUUCUGUAUAAAAUAUUUUUGUAAUUAUCAUUCCAAUCUUGAUUCUUUACAAAGUCUCUAUUAGGUUGUCAUGUUUGUCAUCCACUAGCAUUAUAUAUUUUUUCUUGGUGUAGCAUAGUAUUACUAUUUUAAACAAUUUUUACACGCACCAACGUGUUGGUUCUAGUGGUAGACAAUCUAAAUUCUUGUAAUCAUGAUAACACAGGUUCGAACUUUGGAAAAGUCAUACUUUAGGAAAGUCGUCAUUUGGUGGGAUGGUUUAGAAAACAAUUUUUGCA